GCUAUUUUUGCAGUUUUUAAUGUUAUAUUUCCACUAUCACUGAGUUUGAAAUUGUCUUGUUUCCUGUGUAAUUUCUUUUCUGACCCAUAGGUUAUUAGAAUGUGAUUAUCAAAUAUGAUUUUUCUAGAUAUUGUAUUGUUAUAGAUUUUAAAUUUUCUUGUGACUAAAGAAUAUAUUCUGUGAUUAAACAUUUUUAUAUUUACUGAGGUUUAUUUUAUGAUGCAACUUAGAGUUUGUGUUGCUGAAAAUACCAUGUGAACUUUUUGGACUUGGUUAUUACAUAAACAGUGAUUAGGUCAAGGUCGUUGAGAGUAUUGCUUAAGUAUAUGCCUUUUCCUAAUUUUACCUAGUUGUUUAAUUGCCAAGAGAAAUCUCCAGUCACUAUUAUGACACUGUGUACUUCUUUGUUUAAUUCUGUCAAUUUGUGCUCCAUACACUUAGAAAUUUAUUAUUUGAAUAUGUGAAUCUUACGAUGUCAUUAUUAUCUCUGCAUUCUUGGCCUUGAAAUCUAUUUAUCUGUACCUGAUAUAUCCAUUUAAAGUUUUUUUUAAAGACUUAUUUAUUUUUAUUUGAAAGACAGAUUUAUUUGAAAGACUGAUUGACUCCCCAAAUGGUCACAACAACCAGACUGAACCAACCGAAGCUAGGAACUUAUUGCAGGUCCUCCACAUGGGUGCAGGGGCCAAAGACAUGAGCCAUUGCAUGCUGCUUUCCCAGUGCCUAAGCCGGGAACUGGGUGGGAGGUGGCUCAGCUGAGAUUUGAACGGUUCUCAUAUGGGAUGUCAGCAGAUUCACUUGUGCUUACUCAUUUGUGAUUGUCUUCUGAGCUUCUAGGAUUGUAAGCCUCAUCAGUUAUUUCUGUUACAGCAUUCUGUAUGAGUAUGCUAAAAUUUAUUCAUUCAUUUUAUUGCUAAUAGAUGUUUGAUUGCUUUUAACUUUUACGUAGCUUGCAAAAAACUACAAUGAACAUUCUUGUACAUAUUUCCUGUUUAUACUUGAGGAUGCAUGUAUGUUGGGUAUAUCUGAAUUUUUAAUUGCUACAUAAAAAGUUAUUCAUAUUGUCAAGUUUACUAGCUGAUGUUAAAUUGCUUAUAUCUUAGCACUUCUUGAUUUACUUGGUGAUUUACUUCUGCUGUGUGGUUUGAGUGUUAAAAUCCCCCCAAAGCAGGUGUUAAAUGUUUCUUCCAGUGGGUAGUGCUAUUGAGAGAUGCUAAAACUUGUGGGAGGUGGGACUUUUGAGAUGGCCUUAGAGGUCACUGAAGCAUGCCCUGGGGAGGUACUUUCUGAAAGAAGGUUGCUAUAAAAUCUGGCCAUGUGAUGCUUCCUUUCUGACAUUCCUCCUGUCAUCUGCUCUUCACUGAAGAAUCCCACAUUGUACCAUUUGGACCUUCAACCUCCAAAACUUUUCACUGAAGAUUCUUUAAGGAUCAUCCAAGGCACCACGCUGUAAGAAAUGGUUCAGCUGACAGCUACUCCUACAAGUACACUUGUUGAUGAGCCAGUGCAUAUCCGAGCCACUGGCCUGGCUCCUUUUCGGUUGGUGUCCCUUCAUGCAUCCCUGCAAGAUGAAAAGGGGACAUUCUUUCAUUCCUGGGCCUACUACAGGGCCAAUGAAGUUGGUGAGGUGGACUUAGAUCAUGAUCCGGCACUUGGAGGUGAUUAUACAGGAGUACACCCCAUGGGACUCUUCUGGUCACUAAAACCUGAAAUAUUCUUAGCUAGGCUGUGUAAAAGAGAUGUGAUGAAUAGCCCCUUCAAGGUCCAGAUAAAGCUUUAUGACAAAAGAUUAUUACCAAUACAACCCAAAGUCACCAGUGCACCAACGGCCAGUGUGACUGUGGAAAGGUGGUAUGUGGCAUCUGGUGUCACACGCAUCCAGGUCCGGGAAGGUCGUAUUCGGGCAAGCCUCUUUGUGCCGCCAGGAAAUGGUCAGUUACCUGGAGUAAUUGAUAUGUUCGGUGGUAGUGGUGGACUGCUUGAAUCCCGAGCUAGUCUCCUGGCCAGUCAUGGUUUUGUCUGCUUGGCCUUGGCUCAUUGUGGCUUUGAAGACCUGCCAAUCCAGCCAGAGAAAAUAGACUUGGAGUACUUUGAGGAAGCUGCGAACUUUCUCCUGAAACAUCCUAAGGUCCUUGGUCCAGGCAUCGGGUUAGUCUCUGUGUGCAGAGGGGCAGAGAUUGGACUCUCAAUGGCUAUUUAUCUAAAACAAGUUGUGGCCUCUGUACUUAUUAAUGGGCCCAACUUUCCUAUUAGUGUUCCACAUGUAUAUCAUGAUCUGAUCCUUAAGCCUAGAUCCUCUUCUAUAGAAUUGAUACGCUCCAAUUCCUAUGGAUUGGUAGAUUUUUACCGUGUUUUUGAUGAAAGUAACCACGAGGAGAGUCAUUCUGCUUUUCCAAUUGAAAAGGCUAAGGGCCAUUUCCUGUUUAUUGUGGGAGAAGCUGAUAAGAACAUCAAUGGCAAAGUAUUUGCUAAGAAUGCCAUAGAACAACUGAAGAGACAUGGGAAGAAUAACUGGACCCUGCUGUCCUACCCUGGGGCAGGUCACAUGAUAGAACCUCCCUAUACCCCACUGUGCAUUGCCUCAGCAGUCCGUGGUGUGUGUUCAACCAUUCACUGGGGAGGAGAGGUGGUCCCACAUGCAGCUGCUCAGGAACAUUCUUGGAAGGAGAUCCAGAACUUUCUCAGGAAGCACCUCACUCCAGUAGUGACAGGUCAAAUCUGAGAAGACUAGACUUUCCUAUGAAGCAGGGGUGUUAAUCUCUUUAUUAGGACUUUAUCGCAGUUUUCAUAGAGAAAUUUGAUCUUCUAUUGUCUUUGCCCUACUGUAAGAAGGAAGUAAAAACAAGAAUGGCAAGAGGAUUGAGAAGAGUUAGAACUUAGAACUUGAUUUUUGAAAGAGGAAUGUGGUUUACACUUAACCAAACAUCAUAUGCUGAGUUCUAUAUUCACAGCUAUAAACUUGGAGCUCUUGCAGCCCUAGAAUAUGUGUCAUAUAGCAAUUCCCAAUCAUAUCAAUUCUCAUUCAUAUCAGUUUGCAAUGAAUCUCAGAAUAUCCUGAAUUAUAAAAA